AUUUUGUUUUUAUUUUAUCCUGGUCUAACAGCCGCAGCACGGGCCAAACGUCGGUCAUCCUUGCCUAUCCGUCUUGGACCCCUGCGCUCGCCAGGUAAGACAGCACCGCAGCCCACAGCUCGCUGCCUUUCCUGGUUUGGUGGUUUGGCCAAGACAGCACACAACCUGUUCCCAGGUGUGCGAGUUGUCUCUUUUGCAAGGAACAGCGCUCCGGACUGGAGCACGGUAUCCAUACAUAUGCAAGCACGCAGGAGGCCAAUUAGAUGGAGCACGCGACGUGGUGCGAGGCAUGUGCGGCUGCCGGGUCGUAUCAGGAUCCAUUCGUACCUGACUGGAGUCCUAGACUGUAUGGGGUUUUCUUGGUUCUCUGAAGAUUGA